AUGCAAAGUUUUUAAAAUGUGUUUGUAGGAUAUAUAACGCAGUGGUUCGCGGUGUUAAAGACAGUUCUUCUUCAUAGGUUUAACUGUUAAAUUGCUCUUAAAGUACUCCGAAUUGAGAUGAUCAAAAUGAUCAAGAUCUAUACGGUACUCUUCGCUUUCAUCGUUCUGCUUGUUAGUACGGCAAUAGCGGCACCAAUCGAAGGAGAUAUUAAAGAAGAAAAAAAUUCCGUUUAUAAUUUUAUGGAUCAAAAAUUAUCAAAAGAAUUAAUGAUUGCUCGUACGAGAUAUAGAAGAGCAACUUGCCAAAUUCCCAUUAUCGGUGACUGGGUUAGCGACAGUGCUUGCGCUGCAGGCUGUAUCGCAAGAGGAAGAGCCGGUGGCCAUUGCAGAAAUGAAAUCUGUCAUUGUCGAGAAGAGAAAAUGUUGGAUCUUCUACGAAAACGAUUCAAUUUCUAGAGAAUAAGUGAGUGGUGAUCGAAAAGAUGGAAAAUAAAUAUUACAAGACGCGCUGAUAGAUAUGCAAGGACUACUCACAUAAUCAUCGGAGAUGGAAACUGGCUUUGUACCGUAUCUUGCAAGGAUAAUAUAUAUUAACAAUCAAUAAGUAACGCAAUGAACUAUAAAAAUAAAAAGUAAAGGGAUUAAAUUAUGUCUUUUUAAAAUUUUGUUUUCCUUGUUUUUUCUUUCCUUUUCAAAUGGAUUAACAAUUAAUCUAAUUAAUUGAUUGAACGAAGAUGGAAAAUGCUUGAAUAUCGGAGACAAUUUUUAUCAA